AUUAAAAUCGCUUCGACCGUCGGAUGCUGCAUUUAUUCCCCAAACCUGCCCAACACCCGCCUCUUUGCCCCGGAGAUAGACAGAGGACAUUUCUAUCCACAAUGCUGCACCUUGUCUCGGCUUGUCAGUGAGACGCCUGUACGCUAGUGGGCUGCGGGACACGAUGUGGAUUGGCGUCGGUGUCAUCCUCAUCCCACAGACCUGCCCGGGGCUGUGUGGCCUCAGUGCGUUAGCUAGCGAGCAGACUGUACUGUGAUCGUUUCGGCAUGCUGGCGGAUUUCUAAACUCCCCUCGCCUUGACUGGAACAAUGCGGCGGCAGAUCGACAGGGUUUCUGAAAACUACGAGCGGGAGAAGCUCCACAGGGCGUCUGCUGGUGUGUGUCGGCUCCAGGAAGCGGUGAAUCCACAGCCGAUGCCACAGGACGGUUUUGACCGCAGUUUAUAGACACCGGAUGGAGAUAGGAGCCGUCGCCUUACACCAGUAAAACACUGUAAGCAGUGAUGAUCCCUCAUUUUGCCCUGCCACUGGAGCUCUCCUGACAUGACAUGCACAAGAAAGAAAAGAAAACGCAGCUAAUUUUAAAAUGAGUUGGCAACAGGCUUUACCAGACACCAGAGGACUGGAGCACUGACACAACUGUCUGUCGACCAUCCACUGUUUAGCUGAUGUUGUGAUGGAGCAGGCUGGUGGAUUGCUGUAGCCUGGAUUUCAUCUAGAUUGCAACGACGGCCUGUCUGCCACAGACAAGCAGCCCACAGCAGGCUCCUGGAGAGAAUCAGGAGGUGAGACAACACAUUACACCGACAAAGGGACCCAUCUCAAAAUGGGGCAAUGUGGAUUAAGGUGUUCCCGUUCCUUGUGAACUACGAAAAGGAAGCAACCACGAGGACGAAGGAACUGAUAGCAGACGGAGGAGGUGGCAGGGGGGUGGUGGAUUUGGUGUUUGAAGAGAAGGUGGUAUGGGUGGGGGGACAUUCAGAAUGGCCCAUGGAAACGAGACCAGUGAAGGGCCUCCUGGGCCCAUGGCAGCAGUGGUGGCUACUGCAGGAGGUAUGGUAGCAGAGAGUCCUUCCUCUGCUGUGUCUACCUAUAUCAAACUGGUGCUACUGGGGCUGAUCAUCUGCAUUAGCCUGGUGGGGAACCUGGUGGUAUCUCUGUUAGUACUGCGGGACCGGGCCCUGCACAAAGCACCUUAUUACUUCCUGCUGGACCUGUGCCUGGCAGACACCAUUCGCUCAGCUAUCUGCUUCCCUUUUGUUCUGGUGUCAAUAAAGAACGGCUCAGCCUGGACCUACAGUGUUCUAAGCUGCAAGGUAGUGGCCUUCAUGGCAGUCCUCUUCUGUUUCCAUGCUGCCUUCAUGCUGUUCUGCAUCAGCGUAACACGCUACAUGGCUAUUGCACACCACCGCUUUUACUCAAAGCGAAUGACAUUCUGGACAUGUGUGGCAGUGGUGUGUAUGGUGUGGACACUGUCUGUGGCGAUGGCAUUCCCACCAGUUUUUGACGUGGGUACCUACAAGUUCAUUCGCGAGGAGGACCAGUGCAUCUUUGAGCAUCGCUAUUUCAAGGCUAAUGAUACACUCGGCUUCAUGUUAAUGCUGGCUGUUCUCAUUCUAGCCACACAUGUUGUCUACAUGAAGUUACUUCUCUUUGAAUACAAGCACCGUAAAAUGAAACCAGUCCAGAUGGUGCCAGCCAUCAGUCAGAACUGGACCUUUCACGGACCAGGGGCUACUGGUCAAGCGGCAGCCAACUGGAUUGCAGGCUUUGGCAGGGGCCCGAUGCCGCCAACUUUGCUUGGAAUCCGGCAGAACUUGCACAACCAGAACCGGCGCCUGUUGGGCAUGGAGGAGUUCAAAGCAGAGAAGCAGCUUGGCAGGAUGUUUUAUGUGAUCACCCUUCUGUUCCUGGUUCUGUGGUCUCCUUACAUAGUGGCUUGCUAUUGGAGAGUGUUUGUCAAGGCUUGCACAAUACCACACAGGUACCUCUCCACAACCGUGUGGAUGAGUUUCGCUCAAGCCGGGGUCAACCCUAUUGUCUGUUUCUUCCUUAACAAAGACUUGAAGAUAGGGCUCCUUUCCCAUCUACCAGCCUGCUGCAGGACUAAACCUCAUCUGCCACGAGAGCCUUAUUGUGUCAUUUAAGUAGAGAUGAUGAUCUAAACAUGGAGAAAAACCAAGGGCCAACCAAUAGAUGUGUUGUGGGAGUGUUUACUGUAGUAAUUGAUUAAAUGCAAGCUACAUUUACAGAGAUGGUGGUAACUGGUGAGUGCAAUGGGAAAAACACUGGAAUGUUAAGCAUGUAUUUCCAUCUACCAAAAUCCUUUUCACUCAAAAUAAGAACAUACGUGGAGUAAGACGUUGACUUUUGAUAAGGAGAAAAAUACUUUUAAUAGCUACAUAAUGCAAAUAAUAAUGCAGUCACUGUGGAAACCAAGCCAGACAAAUAACUAUCAACAAAUUACAAACGCUGCUUCAUAAACAACAUAAAACACAUGUUGAUUGAUGAUUGACAAGGAUGUUUGUUGUUUUGGUCACAUGAGACAACUAAAGAUUUGAACCGGGGACGCUGCCAUUAAUUUUAAGCCCAAACUGCACCUUUUUAAUUAGUAUUUCAUUUUUAGUAGUUGAAAACAUGACUUAAAAAAUUGAAUUGCUGUGAGUUGAAGGUUUUGAUUUUCAGAGGCAACGCUCAAUCCAAAGGGUCUGUCCAGUUAUCUACCCAUGUAGAAACACAAAGAAUUAAGCUUGGGUUUUUAUAAUCACUUAUCUUACCUUAAAAAAUCAGUUUUAAAGUUGGUAAACAUUUGAAAUGUUGAAAUACAUUAUGUCACAUUUUGGCUUUGAAAUCAAAUCAGUUCUGAGAAAAUGGGGUGAGUUGAAUUUGAGACAGGAAACAAAAGCAGCAUCAAAAAGUAUAUUUCUGAAUACUGGGUCUUUUGAUUCAGGACCCAGUUAGAUUUAAACUUAUCUUAUGUUUGUAAUCAGAUAAAAGUACAUCUAUAAAUGCCCGUCCCUCAAUUAAGAAGUCACUAUUCUACAAUAUCACUAUUUCUUUUGUAUGCAAACACAUCAGCGCCAGGGACUGACUGAUGAUGUAUUUUCUUUGAUCUCAUGUGUGUUUACUGUGUACUACUACUACUACUUUACUACUUGUCUGUUACUCUGACUCUACAGACAACUGCAGGUACUCCAGUAUUACAGUACGUACGAUUUUCAUUAUGUGCGUCACUUGAAGAUAAGAGAUAAAACCUGAUCAGCUGAGUUAAUAGUAAGUAAGUAGAGUUUUCACUAACACAGCUUGUUAUAACAUAUGAUUUGAAACUGAACUCAGUGCCCAGUUGCAUUAGAUGUUUCUUGUUACAUUUUUCAUAACUGAUACUUGAAUUUACAUAAGGUGCAAGAAAAUCUCCCUACCAGCUCUAACUAAGACUGAGGAUGUGUUGGAAAUCUCAUUGGCUAUCUAGUGCACUUCAUGUGCUUGAUGCUAAUGUCCAAAUAUUUAGAAUAUUUCAGUUCAUAAUGUAUGUAAUUCACUUAAAAACUAAAUCCCACAGUAGAACUAAAGCUUUCACAUGGUCAUGCUAUCAGCUAAUCAUAAGCUUGUUUUUUGUUAAAAGUCCAAUAAUUCAGUAACUGCAGUUCACUCUGCGGCCUGCAGAGAUUAUGCCCACAUUUGUACCUGAUGUGCUGACGUCUACUAGGCAUGUGGGAAUAAUGUCUCAGUCUUAUCUCUCAGCCACCAUUAUUUUCUAAGCCUAUUAAAAGCAUUACAUUUACGUGUGAAUAUAUAUAUAUAUAUUCACACGUAAAUAUAUAUAUACAUUAUAUACCUGUAUGUGUUGAUUUUAACUUAAUAUUAAAUGAAUAAUUUUGUUACCAACUUUAUCUUUAUGUACAAACAGCAAAAAACCUAUUUGAAGUCUGUAAGCAGUAGAGGAAUGUAUAAAUGUAUGAAUCAGGUGGUAAUAAAAUAACUAUGGGUCCUACUUAAAUGUAGGUACAGUGGAGAAAUAGAAGACAGCAAAAUGGAGUAACAAUUGCAAAAAGAGGAAAAUAGAAAAGAAUCAUAACAGACGUUUAAAGGUUCAGUGUGUAGAAUUUAGUGGUGAAGUUGUAUGUUGCAGCUGAAUGCCCCUCACCUCACCCUCCCCUUU